AUGUCGGCACAAGGAAACUGUCGGCGUCUAGCAACGUAUAUUAUGGUUACAGUACAAGGAGCUAGGCCGAGGAGCGGUAUCUCCGCCGUGUUCGCCACCGGGGCAGCGAGUAGGGCAUCGAGUGGUAUGAGGCUCGAGCUCGGAGGGUACGGGCUACGAUUAGCUCGUAGCAUGACGUUCGCUGCAGGCACCGGCGGUGAGCGGACUGGAGUAAAUACUGCUGGAAAGCUGAAAAACUUCGAGGACAAGAUCCAGACGAGGCGCACUGAUCUCGACGACGAUGCGUGGUGGUGGUUGAAACCCGAUUUUGCCUGCUGUUUUGAUCCCGAUACAUCAACAAUGCCUCGCGCUGCCUCCGAUCUAGCAGCGCUUUUCACGACGCAGACACGAACAAUGGAUCAACAUAUGCCAGACGACACCACCGGCCUCGCCCCCCCAGGCGCCUCCUACGCCGCGUUCUAUGCCUCUGAUGAUAGCGCAGGCGAACAGACCUAUGGGCUUUACAACCCUACCAUGCAGUCCUAUCAACAACCUGCCCAUCCUCGCCAGAUGCCGUCUUCGGAUAUGUAUCGACUUCAUACGAUUAACAUGAUGCCCAACGCACCCCAACAGUACCCUCAGGCCUAUCCCCCCGCGCCUCAUGGCAUGCCCAUGUCUGCCUCGCCUGUCCCAGGCGAGUCGCCCCAAAUGUACGGUGAACCCCUCUCGCCCCCUAUUAGCGGAGGGUCCGACUCUGGAGCCGACGCCAUUUACAAUUCCCGUAGCGGCACCGGCUCUCCCUCUUCCUCCCGGGGAAACAGCCUCGUCAACCACCACCAUCACCGCAACCCCAUCCGCUACAACCCGACUCCGUCCCCAUCAGGCUCGUCUGGCCGCCGCCGAGGUCGCUCUGAGUCCGACGAAGAUAUGGGUGUCUCUUUGGCCGAGUCUAUCGCCCACACCCGCAAGGAGGCUACGAGGAGGCAGAGGAUAGAGGCCGAGCAGAGGAGGCGCGACGACCUUCGUGAUGGAUAUGCCCGCUUGAAGGACGUUCUUCCCGUCUCCAAUCAGAAGAACAGCAAGGUUUCCCUCCUUGAGCGAGCAACCCACCACAUCGUCCAGCUCGACAAGAUGAACCAGCAGCUCCAGGCGCGUCUCGCCGCUGUUGAGCAAGAGGUCGGCAGGCUGAGGUCUCUCAACGAGAAGAUCUCCCUCGGCCCAGGUAGUACUCCAUCGCCCAUGGCGUCGACCCCUCACAAUCCCGAGCAGGCUCCCGCUCCAGUGCACUCUCUUGUCCCUGUGCCGAGCCACAACAUGCAGCACGACGAUUCGGGCUCCUCGCCCUCCGACGGGGGCUUUUAGCCGAGAACAUCGUCGUCUGGCUCGUCGGCAUCAUCAUCGCCACCUACCGACCCAAUCGUACCGCUGCUCCCAUCCAUUCGUGUCCUGUGUAUCCAUCUGCUCGUUUUUUCUCGUUUUCUUAUCCCUAUCGUCGCGGUCGUGGGCGGAUGUGGAGAAAUAUCUGUAUCGAAGUAUCUUGACUGUGGCCGGCUUUCGCACGUCCUCGACAGCAUCGCUGCGAGGAAUGCGACAUCCUCAGCAAUCUUCCGCGAGACCUACGACUCGAUGCCGUGGGCUGGCCAUAGGGAGUACUUCAUCCGGGCUUGAGGUCGCGUCGUGUCGCGCAUGUCGCUGACCACCGUCUCUCGUACUCGUCGAGGUCGGCUCCUGCGGUCUCGCUCUUCGACUAUCUCAAGAUUCCCGGCGAAUUCCACAUCCUCACACCGCCUCUCUUCACUUUCCCCGUAUAUAUCUUGCUCUGCAAUACUGUGCCGUCCUCAACACUACCGUCAAGUACCCUCAUUUGCCUGUGUAUACCGUGCAAUUCUCCAU